UGUGUGUUUAGUCAACGUAGACAACAACAAAAGAUAAAUGUACUGAUUUUGAUUUUGUUCUUUGGAUUUUCUUUGAAAACAAAUUUUCAAGAUGGAUAUCGGUGCGUUGUCCGAAGAAAAUUUCGACGCUGUCGAUUGGAUAAACAAAACUCUUAAGAAAACAGAUGAUCAACAAAACAAAGAGGCUGUUGUAUCAUCGUUGGUCUCAAAGUUACAGCUUUAUGUUCAGCAAGUGAAUUCCGCUUUGGAAGAGACCAGUCAACAAGUAUUGGCUUCGAUGCCACGUAUUAUGACCGAUGCGCAGAAUUUACAAGCGGAAGCAUGCCAGUUGAAGGCCAAAAUGUCGGAAAUUCAAAAGGAUAUUUUUCAAGUUCACCAAGAAACAAGCGCAUCCAUGGCAAAUCUGGAACGAUUGGAUUCGAUGAAGACCAAGUUACAGAUUGCAAAAGAAGGUCUCCAAGAAUCGGAUGGAUGGGGAAAAUUGGUCACUGAGCUUGAGGAUCUGUUUGAACAGAACGAUGUGAAGAAAUCGUGUGAAAAGUUAAAAGCCUUACAAAAGUCAUUAAUCGCCCAAGCAAAUUUACCGGGCCAAGCCGAACGAGAGUCACAGCUGGAAGGCUUUAAAAAUCGUAUUGAAGCGCUUGCAAGCACUGCAGUCGUUCAAUGUUUCACCAGUGGUGAUAUCGAACAGUCCAAAUACUAUGUUGAAAUUUUCACAAAUAUGGAUCGUUUACCGCAGUUGAUACAGUAUUAUCUCACCGUUCAGAAGCGAAUUUUACAACAACAAUGGUCAGAAACAGUGGAAUUGAGUCAAAAUUCCAGUUCAACGUCAUUCUUGCGAGAAUUUUACGAUAAUCUAUUUCAAUAUUAUCAAAAACAACAAAAAUGGUGUAUCGCCGUAUUUGGAUCGACGCAAUCAUUCACACCGAUUUUGGUGAUUGUUGAAUUGUUUACAAACCUGCAGCCUUCACGUGAGAAUACUGUCAUCAGUUGCUUGAAGAGAAACGACGAUAAAUUGACCACACUGCAGGACAUUUCCACAGCAAACAUUCAUUUUGGACGAUUGUUUAUUGACGCUUUUGGGAGCAGUGCUAUUGAUAUGGAGAUCGUUAAAAAAAUUUCGGCAGCAAUUUUCGAUUAUUUUAACACAUUCAUUGGUCAAACUGCAAGCUUUGAGCAGCAAUGGCUUGCAUCACAUCUAUCUGAACUGAUUCUUAUUCAUUCCACUGCAACGGAAAGUGUACGCGCCAUUGGCAAUGCAACGAACAAAAUAUUUGGCUGGAUGGAUGAUACAUUAAAACGUUGCCAAAUUAUUACACAAAAUUGUGGACUGCCAUCCAUUGUCAUUGUGCUGAAUGACUUUUUGAAAAUCGUUCUGGAUAAGUUCAAGAAGGCACAACAACAAUUGCAUGCUUCGCAGUGUACCGAACAUGAUUGGAAUUUGAUUGGAACGUGUGUGUCCCUAUUGGAGCAUAUCGGAGAUUUUCGUAUGAAACUCGGUGAAUGUGAGCAGCGAAUCGUUCAAAGUGUUCAAGAGAAGAAGAUUGAAAUCGAAAACGGGGGCCAAAGCAUCGCUUACAUGUGUACCAAUUACAAAAUAUCUGGCAAACGUGAAUUGAAUGAGUUUAAAAAAUUGAUUGAAACGUCACAAGUUCUAUCAUCGUUCCAUCGAAGUGGCGGCAUCUUUUCGGAAAUAUUCGAUUUAAUUAAACCAAUUUGUGAAUACAUUCACGAUACAAGCUUUGCGGUCAUAUUUACUCCCAUCGAAAAUCAACUGAAAGCCGUUAAUUUGGAGAACGAUGAAAAUAUGGAUUUGAACGGUAGCGAAUUACCGGAUUAUAGCUUUGCACCGCAAGAAUUUAUCACCGUCAUCGGCCAAUACUUGCUAACAUUGCCGCAACAUUUGGAACCGUUAUUGUUGACACCAAGCAAACAAUUGAAAUUAGCGCUUGAACUUUGUGAUGAACGUUAUGCUCGUGUCGAAACCACAAAUGAGGCAAGCGCUGACAUUUUACUCUCUCUGUUAACCGACGAAUGUUGUGCACUCUAUACGGAGCGAAUUAAAAGAAUCGGUGAACUAACGGCUUUUGGUUCGAAACAAUUAGCCUGUGAUAUUGAGUAUUUGGGCAGUGUUUUAGAGGAACUUGGACAUUCGUUAAGCACUAAUUUGCAACAAACAAUUACCUUAUUACGUGCUCCAGCUGACAAUUAUCUUGCCGUGAGUGCCGGUUGUGAGCCUCGAUUGGUCACUGCCAUUCGCCAAAUGCGGAAGAUUAUUUCAAAAGAUUGAAAUUAAAAUGGAAAAGAAAACAAUACGAUUUUUUUUACUGUGUCGUCAAUAACAUUGUUCAUAUAGUUUAUUGAACUGUGCAUAUAGCUAUUUUGUAGUCUAAUUAUUAACGAUUUUGCUUUAAUAAAUAGAGAACAUAUUCGAUUUAAA